AAAAAAUAACAAGUAGUUCUAUCGUGCAUGAAAAUUUUAAAACUCGCAACUCUUCCAAAACAAUACAAUGUUUGACGUUGACAGAUGUUCUCAAUUCUCGCAUACUCAUAUAUAGAAACGAAAGUCAAACAGAUAGAAGUUGCAUUGCAUUUUCCACAUUUUGUGCGUGUUUUUCACAUUUCCGUGUGAUUGCUGGUAUUUUCUGACUCACAGAACAAUAUAUCGUCUGUGUAUAUAGAUCGUAGUGUCUUUGUGUGUGUGUGUGUGUGCGUCAAAUUGUAAGGCAUAUACAUGAACGCAAUAAUUGCAUUAUGUCAUUUUUGCGAGGCGCAUGGCCCGUGCCCGAUUUUGUGUACACACACUUUGCGCGACACCAAAAUCGAUGAGUUGGUAAACAAUGGUAGCGGCAAUGAGAACGCUUGUCCGGGAUGUAAUUCAAUCGGUAAAACAGUUGGCCUACUGAGCCAAGAUUCGGAGAGUAAUGCCAAUUUUCUGAGCACACAAACAACCGUCAUCAAUGACAUUUGGCCAAUAGUCAAACAAGCAGCUGUUCGUAGCUUGAGCUGUGAGGUGAGCAGUAACAAAGAUGGAAGUUUGGUAUUCUUCGGUGAUGCAUCACGUGGCCAUAUACUUAGCUACACAUUUCAAAUACACGAUUCGCAGGCACGGGGAUUUUUCCGUCUAUUCUCAAUCAUUGUUCUGAUGAAAGAUAAAAUGUAUCUGCUGAAUGUGCAACCAUUUUUGGCGGAAAAUCUGCAGAAAAUCUCCACAGAACUGCAAAGCUACUCGUCACAAAUCCAUUCGGCCGAACAGGCAAAAUACUCGGAACGAGCUCAACGAUUGAAUUCGGGCCAUGCAAGCACACAACCACCGCGAUCACUCAUCGAAUUGACUGGCGAACCGAAUAUUUUCGCAUAUAUUCAUUCACAUUUCGCGUGGAUUUUAUGGAUGGGAGCACGUUGUCUCACUGAAAACAUAAACAUUGGCCUGCCGCUUUUGAACAUCACCACAAACAGCAAACUCGAUCCAUUCUCUGUGAUUCAAUUGAAAGUCAAGGAUUCGAACGCAACGAGAAAAUUGUUUAACGACAAUGACAAUGAACAUUUUGUACGAAAAUCCCAAAGUAUUUUGGGCGAAUAUUUUCCAUCCGCCUGCUACUGUGCUCUUGUCGGAAUACAGAUCGUUCUGAGAGGUCCACCAUCGAUAACAACCGAGUGUUUGAAAUGUUUUGGAAAAUUGUUACCUGAAACCAUGCACCAUCUCAUUUGCAUCGAAUCCGAUCAAUACUUACCGUCAAGCCAAUGCCGAAUUUUAUCAGUUUUACCUCAUGUGGCUGUGCCUCAACCAUCGGAUAAAAUAUACCGCAUCGAUUUCACCGACGAUUCAGAUGAAGCACACAUAAAAUGGCCUGGAACAUUACCCAAUAAAUAUCCGGACCUCUUGACAAAAGUACUAAAAUCCGUCGACGAGAAACUAAUACCAGAUCUAGUUCUAACUAAACAAAUACGAGUUUUGGUCGAAGAAUGGAAAAACAAAGUGGCUUGUUUACAAACGAUCUCAUCGAAUGCAGAUUUGGUCAAAGUGAAAAAAGUAAUGGGCGUUCAACCACAAGAUCAAGCACUCAUCAACUAUUGGAGCAGUUCGUUUUUGAGCCGGUAGCAAUGCGUGUUUUUUAGCUAGGAAAUUGUAUAUUUGUAUCAAAUAAAAAUUCCUACGAAUUUGAAGAAAAAAAAAAA